AUGUCUACAGGAGACGGCGAUCCCAAUUUAGCACCACUAACCGCCCCCUUCAGCCCGGUUCAACAGCCCGCCACCGUCACCGCUGUCACUGUCAAGCUCCCACCCUUUUGGUAUCGGAACACUGCCACUUGGUUCAUACAAGCCGAAGCCCAGUUCCAUCUGGCUGGCAUUACUGCACAAUCCACCAAGUUCUGUCAUGUCAUUUCCGCCCUUUCUUCAUCUGCGGCCGAGGAGGUUUACGACAUCAUUGCUUCGCCUCCCUUGGACAUCCCGUACGACAAACUAAAGGCUGCCCUGCUCAAGCGAACGACCUGCUCGGGCCACGCGCGCUUCCAACAACUACUAUCGGCCGAAGAGCUCGGCGACAGACGCCCUACACAACUGUUGCGCCGUAUGAAGCAACUACUCGGCGACUGA